AUGUUGGACGAUGAAAAUUCGUCAACAAUGGAUAAAGGUGACCAUGAUAGUGCCGAUGAACAUUAUCUAUCAGCAAAUGAGGGAGAGGUUAAUGAUAAUAAUUAUGUAGCAAAAAUUCGUCAUACACUCUCAUUAAGUAAAGAAAAAGCGGCACCAUUAGCUUCAUCAUGGACAUUUUGGCUUCUCGAUAAUCAAAAAUCCAAAACAAUAUCAAAAAAUGAUUAUGAAAGUGGAUUAAGUCUUAUAUAUACUGUUGCUGCUGUACAAGAAUUUUGGUCCGUUUUCAAUAACAUUCCGGCACCUAGUAAAUUAUCGAAUCGUAUUAGUUAUCAUUUAAUGCGUAAUAAUCGAAAACCGUUAUGGGAAGAUACUGAAAAUAUUAAUGGUGGUAUAUGGACUGCUAAAUGUCCUAAACAACUUACCAACGAUGUUUGGCAAGAUUUAUGUUUGGCAACAAUUGGUGAACAAUUUGAAAUUGAUAAUGAUGAUAUAGUCGGUGUUAGCAUUCAAGCACGUGAUGGACAAUGUGAUGUUAUACAAAUAUGGAAUUCAAAUUCAAGUGAUGAUUCAGAAAAAAUUAUAUCGGAUAAAGUUGCACAAUUAUUUCCUAAUGUUAAUUUUCCUGUUAAAUUUUAUAAAGCAAAUUCAUCACAUGAAGCAUUUGAAAGACAACAGACAAGAUCAUAA